GGGAUCCCGACCAGGCUUUGGAAGAGGGGGCGCUGGGGACCCGCCACCUUGCCCAGCCUGACCUCUGCGGAGAGUGCUGCGAGCCGGGGAGGAGGAGGGAAGGGCGUGCGCGGAGGGGACGGAGGCGUCGCCCCGCGGCGCAGGAAUCUGGUCUUUGCGGGGGCCGAAAGCUCUGCAGUGGGAAGCAACCCCGGGCGCCCAGCGAGCAGCUGCGCCCAUGGGCUGCGCAGGCCCGCCCGGGAGCGCCCCUGGACGCGCCGCUCAAGUCUCUGGGUUUCCGGACGCGACUCCGCGGCAUGUGCGGAGCUAGAGGGGCCGGGGGCGCAGCGCUGGGCGGGCGGAGAGCCGGGGCCCCAGGGCCGCGGGGACGCGCGACCCCCCGUCACUUGCAGGGGGCCCGCGCGGGGUGUGCGCGCCCGCUGGCGCCCAGGCCUCGAGGCGCGGGGCCUGGCCCAGGGGACGCGAGCGCAAGCCUGGGGCUGAUUGUGAUUGGAAGAGGACUUUCAGAAGGAUCUGGAAAACACAAUUUUGCUGUAAAAAGCAAAGAUACUUUACCUACAUAUUUUACAAGAAAUGUGCAGAAAGCCAUUGAUAAAUAUACCUGUGAAUCUACGUCAUCAUUUUCAUCAGGUGGAAGCCCCAUGCCCCCAGAAGCCCACAGCUCUUGGUCUGGUUCUGAGACGCAGAGUUCGACCGCUGGCUUUUCUACUGAGAGGAGUUCCAUUUACUCUUGGAGAGAUGAUGAGUUUGACCAAGCCAAUGCACAGAAAGUACAGCAGUUAUUCUGGGAGGUUGAAGAAAUGUUAUUUGAAAGGAAAGUGAGCCCUCAGACCCAGAACUUGCUGGCUGAAUGUAGUGAAUGGUCAAGAAGAUCCAUCCAUUUGAGAGUGUUAGGAAGACAACUCAUCCUGCCAACUGAUGAAGGGGUCCGCCACUUUCAGGGCAGUGAGCCUUAUAGUGCAGUCCACGAACCCUUCUCAGAUGCCGGCGAACGCAACAGCAACAUCAGAGAGUUAUGCAUCUCUGGCUCUCAAAUACUCCUAGCAGCACUUGCAGCCCCUGCCCUGCCAGGCUCUGACUGCACAGGGGUGGCCGACCUAACGGCAUGUUCAUCCCUGCAAGAAGAGGUCUACGAUGUGGAUGGAAAGAUUGAAGAAUAUUUUGCUUUUGACAGAAAAGAAGAUGAUGACGUACGUUUUGAACAAAAAUCGGCUCACCGUCGUAGGACAUGGCGUAAACACGGAUUUCCUCCUGUUUCCCCUCAUGACUGUAUAAAAGAUGCCGUGGCUGCAGAAGUAUUUGAUCACGUCUGGACAAAUGUGGUAGAAAUACUGGAAGAGCUGAUUAGAAAAAACUGGGAAAUUACACUCACAGGAAGAAAAAAACAGAAAGGAAAACUGAAAGUAGCUGAGACUAAAUCUCCACAUCUGCUCAUUUCCCGUAUUAACACUGAUGUGUCAAGUGUUCCCCCAUCCAGAAGUUCUGAAACUCGAAGCAUAUCCAUGACUUCUCAUCUUAACCCACCUCAGAUUCAUUGCUUCUCCAACAAUUUUUAUAGUGAUCUGAAUGGUGUGAUGACAAUUCAAGCAAAACCGCUUCAGCAGAGACCUACCUAUUUUGCAGAUAGAACACAGAAUGAACAAGAGGACAAAUCACUGGGUGUAGGGGCCAGUGCUCUUUCCUCAGCACGACACCGUCUGGGCCGAAUCUCAGAUCCUCGCGGGCUACAGACUUCUGCAAAGAGAACACCGGUCCAUAGGAGGCUGCCUUCUCUUACUUCAGACUCGCAGAGAAUGAAAACCCCCAAUGUGUACAGUGAUGAAGUUCUUAGGGGAACAAAACUGCAAACCGGCAUAGACCACACGUCUUCCCCACCAGUCCAAACUUCACGGAGCAGGUUACCCCCAAUAGGCUCAGAGACUGCUGAGCAGAAUGUGGCAGUUCCCGGAUCUCGCCCUGUUUCUUACAGAGGAAAGCAUGCACAAAACCGUGUGUUGAGUGCAGUACUUGACGGUAUAGAACGAUCACCUCUUCGAGAAAGAUCUCUGACCACGGAACAGUUUUCAAGGCCCAGCACAACCCAUACAUUUCUGUCAGACACUCCUCGAAAAGGUUCAUUGACACUGAUGGAAUUUGCUGGUCACACCUGGACAGGUCAAGGUUUUCUGACAGGUUCACAAUAUCCACCUAAAUCUUUUCAGAGGACAACUAUGACUUUAAGAAAGAGAUUCCAAGUGGCAUCUUAAUGUUACUUCACCAGAACUACAGCACUCGUUGGAGCAUUCAAAGCCUCAGCACAUCAUUUAUCACUUGAAAAAUGGAGAAACAAGUAUUACAUUCUGUAUCUGUUUGUCUGACAGUCUGCGAUGUUAAACUGAGAGAAAUGCAAACAAAUAAACAACGUAAUUUUGAGCACUUUGCAUUGUAAAGAGAAUACAGGUCAAACUCACUAACCUUCUUUAUUGGAAGCAUUCCAGUAAGGAUCCUUUAGGCUUUGCUCAAAAGAAUCUAAUAUGUAUCUAUAAUCCGUCCUUUUAUCAGUUAUAUACAGACACAUAUAAUUAGUGAUGUAAUCACACACUCCUUAAUAUAUGAGAGUAUAUUAUCUAGGAAUACGCCAUUUUUGUAACUUUGUGUCUGACAUAUUUUUUGUCUCAUUCCAUUGACAUCCUGGUCACUAACAGAUAUUAUUUUCUUCUUUAGAAAAUAGCAAAGUCAUCUUUGGUACGAUAUGCCAGUUUCACUAAGAUUCACAUGGUUCUAGUCAUUGUGCUGACUUUCUUAUAUCUUUUUAAAAAGGACUUUAGUUAUGAACCUAAGUCUCAUGGCUAAGUCUCCCAAACCAGUUUUGUUUUAUUAGUUUUCAUGUUCAAAUUCAGGCAGUCUAUUUAGAAGUAUCCCACCGAAUUUAUGGAUUUUUAAAAUCAGUUGAUGAUUUUAAUUAUAAACAUUUAAAAUAUGUCACAUACGGUUUCAGCAUUAUCGUUUCCAAUGGAAGCGUUCAUCCAUUGGAGGGAAGGCUUUGCAACAGCAUCUUCCUUAUUCUAUCACAACUUGAUCUGUGCUCAGAUGUCACCUCUGCAAUAAAGCCUUCCCUGAUCCCUCCUUUCUCUGUCCUAUUGCCCUACUUUGUUUUUCUUCAGAGCAUGUAUUCCUAUCUGACAUUAGUUCAGGAAAUAGAAUAAAGAAUGCAGAAGAGCAAUGAUCAAUACGAGGCAAGGCUCUACGGUUGUUUUUCUUUUCUACCCCUGGCCCUCUGUUUUCCUCUAUAGUCCUUUAAAUAUUUAGACUCAUUUUAAUACUCAGAUCUCAAAUUGCUUAAUUUCUUCUUUUUUUAUCAGAUAAUUUUAUUUUAUCAAUCUAAUUUUCAUUAAUUCAAAAUGAAACUAUAUAUAUAAUCAUAUACGUAUAUAAUAAGUUAUUUGCAGAUAUAUUUCUGAUUGUAAGAGAUGAGGAUUAUUGCCUACUUACAGAUGUCUGAAAAUUAAGAAACGUGUUGAGAGUGGAAUUACUGUUGUCUUUUUUCACAGAGUGACAAAACAAAAAUAAUCCUAGAGCCUUGCCUCUAAUUGAUACCUUCUCCUUUACAUUCUCUAUUUUCUAUGGUAAAUGAACAUGUUUAUGGGGUAGACAUGAGAAUGAUCACUGUGUCUGUAGCUCUUUUGGAUGGUCACAGCUCCAUAACUCUAGGUAAUAUUCGUAAUGCUUACUUAUCCACAUAAAAAUUUUUCUAACUAUCCGUAAACGUUAGUAUAGAAACUUUCAAGAGAAAUGAUCAGUCUUCAUUUUGCAGUUUUCAAAUGUGAGGAAUUUCUAGAUAUGUCAGCAGUCUGGACCUUUUCCAAAAGUCUCUGAUUAGGUGCUUUCUGGCCUAUAAUUACUGCUAAAUGUGCCAUUUCUAUCCACCCCGCUCUUUCAAAACAAUUCAGACUAUUUUAUUUCAAUUUCCUGGAACCAUCUAACUCCUUCUCUAACUAGUCUAGACUUCUUAGGAGAGAAAAAGAUUGAUAUGCAUUCUAUACUAACAUUAAGGUAGAGUAUCCAAGGUGAAUUAUUUUUUCAUGGAGAACCUCUGAAUAGAUUUUAUGGUGGCUUUAUUUUAUUUGGGUUUGGAGUUUUGCAAAAAAAAAAGAAGCUAUUAUUUAUAUAUAUUGAUAAAAAUACUUUAAAAAAUGGAACCAAAGACAGUGAUCUUGAUUCAUAUCUUCUAAACAUUUUGAAUUGAAAGAUAAAGUGCUAUUUUAGUGAUAACAUGAAGACUUGGCUCUGCUAUUGAGUUUAAAAAGAUCUGUAUUAAAGAUAUUUCAUUUAUAGAUUAAAUGAGAUUUACGGGUUAGUAAAAAAUGCUUAUAUUCAAGGAUGGUGCUUUUAAAAAUGAUUAGGUAAAAUUUAAGGCAGUGUUUUCAUAAUUUUGAUAUAAACGAGUCUUAUCUCUGAAUCUCUCAACAGAGAAAAAUUGAAAAAGGCAAACUCAAUUAUUCCUGAGAUCAAUUUUUAAAUUAAGGUUAGUGAUGACAUUAAUUAAAAUGUCUGUUAAUUUAUCCAAAACCAAAGGAAGAAUAAAAGAGUUUUAAAAUAACAUGAAAAUGCCAUAGAAAAUCGCUAGAUUUUAUAAAUUUAAUGUAAAAGGAAGUGUCCAUACUGAUGUUCGUCUGAACAAGAAUGUAAUUACUAUACUAAUUAAGAGGUGCAUUUGUAUAAUGUCAUAAAUCAUUUGGGUAUUAUAUUUUUAAUGGCAUUGUUUUCUUAUGAUUACGGAUCAUUGUUCAGGAUUUUUAAUUCUUUAACUUUUAAUAAAAUAUAAAGUGUUGAAAA